ACUUCAGAUUUGGCCAUGGUCGAGACCAAGCUCGUGGUCGCAGGCGCCCUCGCGGUCCCGACGCUCUACUUCGCCUCGGUGCUUCUUCGCGCGAUCGCGUCCGUCUCGCUCUCGGAAGGCUGGAACCACAUCCUUGCCAACGUAUGGGCGACGAGCGGCCUCCUCGACUACGUCAUCGGGCUGCUCUUCGCGGCGCCGUACUUUUGGCUGCGGGCGCCCAGCCUCCCGACCAAGCUCGUGGUCGUCACCGGCGUCUGCUUCCUCGGCAACGUCUUUAGCGUCGCAGUCUUCAUCGCCUACAUCGUCCGCGGCCAUGGCACUCUGCGCGAAGCACUCCUGCCGCUGCGCAAAGCGUCGCCGCCGAUGGAUAGCGCGGCGCCGUCCCGCCUCGCGUUCAUUGUCGCGGCCUUGGCCUCGAUGGUCUUUUUUGUUGGCUACUGCGUCUACUGCGUGAGCGUGCAGCCCAUUUCGGUCGGCUGGGCGUACAUCAAGGCCGACACGUGGUCCUACGUGACUGUCAUUGACGUCUGGACCGGCAUUUGCAUGGUCGUCACGUACGUCGUCGUGCGCGAGUUCCACGACGCCAAGCUCUUUUGCUCGCUCCUCGUCGUCGCGCUCAUCUUUCUUGGCAACGGCGCGACGUGUUUUUACCUCUUGUACUUGGCGCUGGUUCGAUUCCCGCGAGGAAGCCUUCGCGACAUUUUUCUCCUAAACGAACACAUCCUCACGGAAGACGCGCCGCUGAAGCGCCCCGAGGUUUCUUUGAGCUAGGAUUUGUCAUUCACUUACGUAAGCAAAUCUAUAAGUCUUUAACAUCCGCC